AUGCUAGCUUUCAUCAACCACUUGUUUGAUUAUCCAGCAAAACUUACUGGAGCUUCGGUUGAUGAGCUCAAGCUUAUUGCGUCAUUCCUCCUCUCCUAUCCUUUGGCCGCGAUUUUGAAGAGACUACCGGACGCCCAACCCUGGAAAAAGAAUGCAUUCAGUAUUUCAGUCUCACUCUUCUAUCUUGUUGGUCUGUUUGACCUCUGGGACGGUCUUCGUACGCUCUUUUACAGUGCCGCCGGUGUCUACGCCAUAGCCUACUACGUCGACGGAUCAUUAAUGCCAUGGAUCGGGUUCAUCUUUCUGAUGGGACACAUGUCUAUCAGUCACAUUUACCGGCAAAUCCUGAAUGAUCCGCAGGUAGUUGACAUUACUGGAGCUCAGAUGGUGCUCGUCAUGAAGCUAUCCUCCUUCUGCUGGAACGUUCAUGACGGCCGGCUGCCCCAAGCACAGCUCUCCGACCCGCAAAAAUACGCCGCGAUCACAGAGUUUCCCGGAAUUCUGGACUACCUCGGGUACAUUCUAUUCUUUCCGUCUCUUUUUGGUGGACCGUCAUUCGAGUACGUCGAUUAUCGCCGCUGGAUCGACACAACCCUUUUCGAUGUGCCCCCUGGAACGGACCCGUCCAAAGCUCCUCCCACCCGGAAGAAGCGUAGAAUUCCCCGGAGUGGAACGCCUGCCUUCAAGAAGGCCGUCAUGGGACUGUUCUGGAUCCUGGUCUUUCUACAACUGGGAUCGGUCUACAACCAGGAUACUGUUUUGAGCGAAGGCUUCAUGGAACUCUCGUUCCUGCGCCGCGUGUGGACCUUGUAUAUGCUCGGCUUCGUCACCCGAACCAAGUACUAUGGAGUCUGGUCUCUGACCGAAGGUGCCUGUAUCCUGUCCGGCAUGGGAUAUAAUGGGUUUGAUCCCAAAUCAGGCAAGGUAUUCUGGAAUCGUCUAGAGAAUAUCGACCCCUGGGGUCUGGAAACCGCCCAGAACUCCCACGCUUAUCUCGGUAGCUGGAACAAGAACACCAACCACUGGCUGCGCAACUAUGUCUACCUGCGCGUCACGCCCAAAGGCAAGAAACCUGGCUUCCGCGCCAGCCUCGCGACCUUCGCGACGAGCGCUUUUUGGCACGGUUUCUACCCCGGGUACUACAUGACCUUCGUUCUGGGAUCCUUCAUCCAAACAGUUGCGAAGAAUUUCCGACGAUACGUCCGUCCUUUCUUUCUGUCACCCGAUGGCUCCAAGCCCACCGCGUACAAAAAGUACUAUGAUAUUUUCAGCUGGUUUGUAACACAAGCCACAUUGUCCUUUGCCGUCGUACCCUUCAUCUUCCUCUCGUUCGGGACCUCCGUCCGCAUCUGGCAAAGCGUGUACUACUACGGCAUCGUGGGCAAUAUCCUAUCCCUCGCUUUCUUCGGCAGUCCCGCAAAGGGUCUUCUCAUCCGUAAACUCAAAGCGCGCAACAAGCCGUACAUCCCGCGGACAACGAGCACAGAGGACAUGCGACAGCCCACCCUGGGUCUGCCGAGCGAUGCAAUCCAGGAGUUUGACGAUGCGGUGGAGGAAAUCAAGGCAGAGAUUGAAUCGAGACGCCGACGCGGCAGUGUUGUCACAAUGCCGACGGGAGAGGACCUCAAGGCUGCGGUGGAGGAUAAGAUUGGGCGGAAGUUGCCGUGA